UUAAUUUAUUAUUUAUUAGUAUUAUUUAUGAUUGUUUAUUAAUUCACUCAACUAUUUAUCCCCUCCUCCCUGACAAACGAGCCCUAUCUCCCGCUCCCCUCUUUCAUUUUAGGGUUUUUGCUUUUUCUCUCUUAGGGUUUUUCGGUCGGCAGCCUCCGCCACAAUGAGCACCAACAAGGACAACUUCAACGUGGCUGAUCUCAGCACUGCUUUGAAUGCAGAAGAUAGAGCCGACCUUGUUAACGCUCUCAAGAAUAAACUUCAGGAUCUCGCUGGUAAGCACUCGGAUGUGCUCGAGAGUUUGACCCCCGUUGUCAGAAAACGUGUCGAUGCGCUAAGAGAAAUUCAGACUCAACAUGACGAUUUGGAGGCAAAAUUUUUCGAGGAGAGAGCAAUACUCGAAGCUAAAUACCAGAAGUUGUAUCAGCCACUUUACACAAAGAGAUAUGAAAUUGUAAAUGGUGAAGUUGAGGUUGAAGGUUCGGAGCCAGCAAAAGAUGUCGAGGAGAAAGGAGUACCUGAUUUCUGGCUCAUUGCUAUGAAGAACAACGAGGUUCUUGCUGAAGAGAUCUCCGAGCGCGAUGAAGGGGCUCUCAAAUUCCUCAGAGAUAUAAAGUGGUCAAGAGUUGAUAAUCCAAAAGGCUUCAAGCUUGAAUUUUACUUUGACACUAACACAUUCUUCAAGAACUCUGUGCUUACUAAAACUUACCACAUGAUUGACGAGGAUGAACCUAUUUUGGAGAAAGCAAUUGGGACGGAGAUCGAGUGGUAUCCAGGAAAAUCUUUGACUCAGAAGAUUCUGAAAAAGAAGCCUAAGAAAGGUUCCAAGAAUGCCAAGCCGAUUACUAAAACAGAACAAUGUGAAAGUUUCUUCAACUUCUUUAGCCCACCCCAAGUUCCCGAGGAGGAUGAUGACAUAGAUGAAGAUGCUGCUGAAGAGCUCCAAAAUCUGAUGGAACAAGAUUAUGACAUCGGGUCAACGAUUCGAGACAAAAUCAUUCCUCAUGCAGUUUCGUGGUUCACGGGAGAGGCUGCACAGGAUGAGUAUGGCGAUAUUGAAGAAGAUGAUGAUGAAGAAGAUGAAGAUGAUGAAGAAGAUGACGAGGAUGAUGAGGAAGAAGAUGAUGACGAGGAUGAUGAGGAGGACGAUGAAGAGGAAAGCAAAAACAGGAAAAAGUCAUCAGCUGUACGCAAGAAGGGCGGCGUAAGAGCACCUGCAGGUGACGGACCGCAGGGUGAGAGGCCUCCGGAAUGCAAGCAACAGUAAACUGCGCGUCCUUCAAUAUAUGAAAGGGUUGAUUAUUAGCAGCAGCUGUGGCGGUGUGUUGAGUUAUAUUAUAUAUCAGUGUAUUUACGAAAGCAGCAUCUGGAGUAUAUUUCCUCCAUUUUUCUGUUCAUUGGUUGAAAUUUUUAUUUUCUUUUUAGUUUGAUUGUUUCGAACGAGAGAGAGAGAGAAUGAUUAAAAUAGUUUUAAGAGAUGGUAUGAGACUCUGUCUACUGGUGGUUUGUGUUCGAAUGCAUUAUUACCAAAUGCUUUUACGGUAUUUAUAAUUUUGUCGUCAUUGUGGUAUCUCUUGUUCGGGUUUGGUAUGCUUUUGUGAUAUUCGCAGUCACAAGAAAAUCUGGCUUGAAUGGUUGUGUAUCAAUGCAGAGUGAAAAUUUUGAGUUUUGUGUU